AUGUCAUUGGCCGUACGUGAUGCGCUGGAGCUUCCUGACUCCGACAGAGUCUUUUUGGAGCCUCAUUUACCUCCACAAGAUAGCCCACAUGAUGUUCCAGCUCUCCAAUCUGAUAUGCCCUUCACGACAUUGACUUUCGCAACAUCACUGGACUCAUCUCUCGCCUUAUCGCCCGGUGCACGAACUGUGCUGUCCGGCCCGCAGUCCAAAGCCAUGACUCACUAUCUUCGCUCCCGCCAUGAUGGCAUUCUCAUCGGCGUCGGAACAGCAGUGGCAGAUGACCCUGGCCUUAAUUGUCGCAUUUCCGGGGUCGGUGGCUAUGGCAAAGACGGUCUGGAUGGUCAACCACGUCCCGUUGUAAUUGACUCCACAGCUCGAUGGGAUUUUACCGAGGAUAGCAAACUUUUCCAAUUGUGCAGACAGGGACGUGGUCGAGCACCUUGGAUUGUGACGGCACUUGCAGAACCUCCAGCUGAGAAGAAAGCACUGCUGGAGAAAUACGGUGGUAAAUUCAUUUCAUUGCAGAUGAGCAUUGCGGCCAAUGGGAAACAUAUUAUCGAUUGGAAAGUUCUGCUCGUUUCGCUCCGAGCUAAUGGUCUUCAAAGUGUCAUGAUUGAAGGAGGCGGCCAGGUCAUCAACUCUCUGCUCGCACCCGCAUCGAUGUCUUUGAUUGAUAGUGUUAUUGUGACUAUUGCACCCACAUGGCUAGGCCGCGGUGGUGUUGUGGUUUCUCCCGACAGACGUUUUGAUGAAGAAGGAAAUGCCAUGUCCGCUGCGAGGUUGAAAAACGUCAAGUGGUACCCAUUCGGAGAGGAUGUGGUUCUAUGUGGCCAGAUCAAAAAUUGA